GGAAGAAAAAGGAUUUUUUUUUUUUUUUUUUUUUUUUUUUUUUUAACGGUCAUGGCGAGGUAGCAGUGACUGCUUUGAAGCUAUUUUGCUUGACGUGUUUGCUUGUGAAAGGAGGAAACGGCGGCACUUCCUCCCCAGAGUGACUCAGUGUCAGUGCGUCAUAGCGCUGAAGAGCAUCUGUUAACUCUCCGCUGACUCCUCUCGCUCGAGUCAUGACAUUUCGGAGAGCGAUCAGUCUCGCGUGCGGCUUCGCCGGCGGAUCCGCGGUGCUGGUGUGCGCGGCGGUCGCGGCAGAUAAGCGCGGCUACUUCGCAGACCGACGCCGGUUCAGAGAAACCCUGUCUGCCGUGCACGCAGCGCAGCCUCCGGCGUGGCCCACUGCGAGCGGAUGGGAUUAUAACUGGGACAAACGUGACCCCUCAUCUCCGGUGAACGGGAAGAGAAAGGAAAGUGCCGGUGACGCUGGAAGUCCGGAUGUGGAGAACAGCAAACCCAAAGCCACGCGCCACAUCUUCCUCAUCAGACACUCUCAGUACAACCUCAAGGGGGAUGGAGAUAAAGAGAGGAUACUGACGCCUUUAGGACGUGAACAGGCUGAGUAUACAGGACAGAGAUUAGCGGCGCUCGGACUGAAGUACGACGUUCUCAUCCACUCCUCCAUGACCAGAGCUACAGAGACGGCCAACAUCAUCAGCAAACACCUGCCAGGUGUGGAGCUUAUGAGCUGUGAUUUACUGCGAGAGGGUGCUCCCAUAGAGCCCGUCCCACCUGUCACACACUGGAAACCUGAGGCAGUGCAGUACCAUGAGGACGGCGCGCGGAUCGAGGCAGCGUUCCGCCGCUACAUCCACCGAGCAGACCCCAAGCAGAAGGAGGACAGCUACGAGAUCAUCGUCUGUCAUGCUAAUGUCAUCCGCUAUUUUGUGUGCAGGGCUCUGCAGUUUCCUCCGGAGGGCUGGCUGAGGAUGGGCCUGAACAACGGCAGCAUCACCUGGCUGACGAUUCGUCCGAGUGGCCGAGUGGGUCUCAGAGCGCUGGGAGACUCGGGCUUCAUGCCUCCAGAUAAACUCACCCGGACAUGACGUUCUCAAGCUAGACCAGCAUGCCUCAAAACAGCCUAGAACCGAAGGAUCAUUGAGAUGGACAGAUGUUAGAGUUGCAAAGGAUUUCCUUAAAUGUUCUCCUGAAUGUUUUUUAUUAUUAUUAUUUUUUAAAUGCUGUUUCAGAGUCACAAUAUUCCAGAAUACGGAAUGUGAUUUCAUAUUCAUCAACUCUUAAAAAUCAUGCAUAGCUGCAGUUUAGGAGAAGAUUGCUGUGAAAAUUUAAUUUGCAACUCUACCAUCUGUUGCGAUCAGUGACUCCACAAGUGUCUUGAGUGUAUUUUGUAUUUUUUAAAACAAGCAAGUUGAGAAUUAUUGAUGUUUCUUCAAUUUUACACUCCUGUGCCAUGCUUUGUCUGAACUAAGGUGGAAUUAACCAGCAAGUGUACUUUUUUAUGUUUGUGACGAGGUGUCUUUUUCCAGUAGCAUUAUGCAAACUCUGGAGGCAUUGGUGUGUAUUUGCACUGUUUACUUGGAAUCGUUUAUGAUUGUUUUAGAAGCAAGGUUUGAGUUUGCUAAAAUGUGAGAAUCUUGCCAUUGAAAGGCUGAGGAUGAUUAUGUUGUUGUUGUUUACGGCUGUAAAAAAUAAAUUCAUUGAGUUGUUUA